UCGGUUGGAUUUUCUUUUCUCAAGUUAUUUCCAUGGUCCUCCCCUGCCAUCUUCCCAACAUAAAUACUUCGAAAGGCCCCAUCGUCGAGGUUCCAUUGUUCCUCUUGAGAAUCAUCUCCCUUCUUAGGAAUCUAAAGGAGAAUGUUACCUAGGAAACACCAAGCUUUUACAGCAACCUCACUGAACAUAAAGACCACAUCUUCAAGCUCAUCAAAUCUUCUCAUGCACCAAGUCCAGAAUAAGAGGAACACGGACAAGACCAAGAGGAGGUUCCGUGAGGACCAGGUCAAGUCCCUGGAGGGCACCUUCGAGUCAGAAUCGAGGCCCGACUCUUGCCUCAAGCACCAGCUCGCCGACAGGCUCGAGCUGGAGCCUCGGCAGGUCGCCAUAUGGUUUCAGAACAAGAGGGCCCGGUUGAAGAACAAGCAGAUCGAGUGGGAGUACAGCAGGCUCAAGACCAAGUACGACGACCUCACCUCGAGCUUCGAGUCCCUCAAACGCGAGCACGAGCUGUUGCUUGUUCAGCUGCAGAAACUGAAGAGCAAUCAUAGAAAGGCAAAAGGAAGCGCGCAUACGCAAGCGGAGGAUCAUGCCAAGGAAAGCCAAACGAAGCCCGGGUAUGUCGCUGGGUGUCGACAUAAUGCUCGGACAGUUCAAAGUGGUGAUGAUUGCGGAAUUGCAGAGACAGUGCCAGAGAAGUUUACAUUGGAACAUGUAGAGGAAAUGGGGCAAGACUCGUUUCCGUCGUCAGGAAGCUGGUAUGACCCUGGUUAUUUCCUGGAUGAAUCGAGUUAUGGCCCAAAAUGGUGGGAAUUGUGGUCCUAAUCGAGUUCACUAUUGCUAGUAGCAAAAGCUUGGACCUGGAUAUUUGGAUUGAUGAAAAGCUCUAUCACUUGUAAAAAUAUGUGUAUCAUGUAGCUGCAAAAGGUUCAGGGCCAUAAUUCGACCAAACCCCUUCAAUUCAAA